AUCUCUCCAUCUCCCAAAAUCUCUGUCUCCCUUCUCUUUCAAUUUAAAUCUCUCCAUCUCCCUUCUCUUUCAAUUUUCUGGACUCUUCCCCCUCUUAUACUACUCUGGCAAAGUCCAACGACCCACACUAAUCUCUCAUCCUAACUUUCAUUCUCACCGUCCCUCUAUAGAUCCACACAUUUUGCAAACCAUCUUUCUCUCUCUUACCACAAACCAUUUCUUUCUCAACAAUCACCGCUCAUGGAGGACUGAAGACCAUUUUUGCUGAAAGGCUGCUAUAUAGGGCAGUAAAACUUACUUUGCAAGCUGCUCUAGUGAGAGAAAAGAGGAGCUCUGAUCUAGUUAUGGAUGUGAAACCUGGCAAGGCCAUACCUGCUUCCUUGGAACUCCUCAAUGAAGCAUACGAUGAAUGUAGCAAGGUUUGAGCAGAGACCUCACCUUCUUGUGCAGCAGCUCAAUUGAUUUUGAAACUUUUGGUUCAUGAAAUAAUGUAUCAAAUUUUACUGUGAAGAUAGAGGUUUUGGGGUCAAUUGCAGGGCUCUGGUUGGAACCUUGAAUUUGAAGGUUAAACGAAGGUUACCCAACAAAGAAAAAUUGUGACCUUUCCUGUGAUGCUGCAUAUGUUUGGACCUCACCUUGUUGAGUAGCAGUGCAGCUGAUUUUGAAACUUUUGUUUCAUGAAAUAAUGUAUCAAAUUCUAUGGUGAAAAUGGAGGAUUGGGAAUCUGAGGAUUUUGUACCAAUUCCACCUGCUGUUUCAAAGGAACAACCGAAGGGCUUAUGGGAUGAUGAAGAUGUUGAGGAAGACAAUGUGAAAGAGUCUUGGGAAGAUGAAGAUGAUGCUCCCCAGCCAAAGAAGUCAGAACCUGCUACUUCAGAAAAGACUGCUCCCGAAGCUGUGCCAAAAGUGAGUGGAAAGAAAGGGAAAACUGCCAAAGUAGAGGAGGAUAAAGUAGCUGCUGACCCCAUAGCAGAGAAACUACGUCAACAGAGGCUUGUGGAAGAAGCUGAUUACAAAUCUACAACAGAAUUGUUUGCGAAGAGAGCUGAUGAGAAGUCCCUCGACAAUUUUAUUCCCAAGACUGAGAAUGACUUCUUGGAGUAUGCUGAACUAAUCUCCCAUAAGCUUCGGCCCUACGAGAAAAGCUUUCAUUACAUAAACUUGCUCAAGGCCGUCAUGAGGCUGUCUAUGACUUCAAUGAAAGCUGCUGAUGCCAAAGAGGUGGCUUCUUCGGUCACUGCAAUUGCGAAUGAGAAACUCAAGGCAGAGAAAGAAGCCAACGCUGGGAAAAAGAAGACGGUUAAAAAGAAACAGCUCCAUGUUGAUAAGCCAGACGAUGAUGUUGUUGGUGCUUAUGAUGCCUUGGAUGAUUAUGAUUUCAUGUAAACUUACGGGGGUUUCUUCCUUUUUUUUUUUUUUUAAGGCUAAAACCAAGCAGAAAAUAUUGAAAGCCCAAUGUCGUAAAAAUGGGCGUUGUCUAGAUGCAGAUAAACGCUUCUAGAGGAGAUUGCUUACGAGUGUCUUUUGAAGUUUUGCGGCAUGUGGAAUGAGGGUAUCGAAUGAGUGUUUUGAGAAAUUCAGUUUGAGAACUUGAUGUUGUGGUUGUUAUGUUUGCACUUCCCCCUUGCAACAUGUCUUCAUUCUUUUGA